UUCCAGUGCUGUUCAAGUCGAUAUAUUAUAGCAGUUAGCCACGAGAAGUGUCACAAACACGACACGAUACGUAUAAUACGAUGAUGAAGAUGGAGACAUUUCUGUUACUGCUGCUGUUGGGAGGAUCGGCCAGGGCUUUCUCUUCAGGAGCGCCAUCAAAUGCCUGCAUUUCAUUAACUCCUGAUCAUGGAGGGUUCCCCCAACCACCUCCCUCACCUUACACUGUUGAUUUGUCUGUUUUCAAUAUGUAUGGCGAUGGGAACAACUACUAUCUACCUGGACAAACAUACCAGUUGAAUCUAUCUAGCAAUGAUACAAUGUUUCGAGGAUUUCUGCUCCAGGCGAGGGUAAUGGCAGACGACAGCACCCUCACGGGUUCCUUCUCUGUCCCAGUCUCUGGUACCCAGCUUAGUGCCUGUUCUCCCUCUUCAGCUGGCCUUACACACACCGGGAACUCUACA